UGUUGCCAUAGCAUCCGGGUCGGGUGAACCAAUCCGGGCGCCCUCGCCGAACAGAGGCGGGCAGUUCGCAUCUCCGACCAACCUGAGGUGUCUUUGUUGUGGCGCGUGACCGGAGGAGGCGGGAGCUCAGGACCGGCGCCUUCUCCUUGCUUCUGGGGUCGUGGCCUUGCUCCCGCUGUGCGGGAAAAGAAUCCAGGCCCUUCCACGCGCGUGUGGGCGCGGGGGCCCCGAAGUGCUCGUGGUUCCGCGCUAGGUCUCCGCUGGGUCAGGAACCGGAGCCAUGGGUGGGACCACCAGCACCCGCCGGGUCACCUUCGAGGCGGACGAGAAUGAGAACAUCACCGUGGUGAAGGGCAUCCGGCUUUCGGAAAAUGUGAUUGAUCGAAUGAAGGAAUCCUCUCCAUCUGGUUCGAAGUCUCAGCGGUAUUCUGGUGCUUAUGGUGCCUCAGUUUCUGAUGAAGAAUUGAAAAGAAGAGUAGCUGAGGAACUGGCAUUGGAGCAAGCCAAGAAAGAAUCUGAAGAUCAGAAACGACUAAAGCAAGCCAAAGAGCUGGACCGAGAGAGGGCUGCUGCCAAUGAGCAGUUAACCAGAGCCAUCCUUCGGGAGAGGAUAUCAAGCGAGGAGGAACGCGCUAAGGCAAAGCACCUGGCUAGGCAGCUGGAAGAGAAAGACCGAGUGCUAAAGAAGCAGGAUGCAUUCUACAAAGAACAGCUGGCUAGACUGGAGGAGAGGAGCUCGGAGUUCUACAAAGUCACCACUGAACAGUAUCAGAAAGCUGCUGAAGAGGUGGAAGCAAAGUUCAAGCGGUAUGAGUCUCAUCCAGUCUGUGCUGAUCUGCAGGCCAAAAUUCUUCAGUGUUACCGUGAGAACACCCACCAGACCCUCAAAUGCUCCUCUCUGGCCACCCAGUAUAUGCACUGUGUCAAUCAUGCCAAACAGAGCAUGCUUGAGAAGGGAGGAUAAAAACUUUCAGAACGAGCAAAACACCAUCAACGUUAAUUCCAGAGAUGGAACAUUUUUUUUCCUAGUAAGAAAAUAACCCAUUUGAAGAGAAGACCACUAAUGAGAAGACCACUAAAGAGAGACACCAAGAAUGGAUUCAGCAGAAUCAUUUCACAUUUUGAACAGGAGCAGUUUGAAGGGCCAAAGCCGUGAUCAGGGAUCAGUCAUUAAAGGACGCACUUCAGUAUUAGUAAACCCUCUUAUGAUGAUUAAAAGAGAAGGGCAGCCCUCUCCACCAUUUGGUACUUUCUAUUCAACUUCCACUGACCAUAAAAUGUUUCUCUUCUGAGCUAGCCCCAUCAUGUGGUGAACCUCCACCCUAACAAAGUAGGAUGGGGUGGGGGGCUAAAUUAAUUGGAGUUAGGUGAGGAGAGAGCCAGAAAACAUAGAUCUGGGGGCAGCAGUGCUGGGUGGAGAGAGCCAGAAAACAGAUCUGGAGGCCGCAGUGCUGGGUGGAAUUGUCGAGGCUGUGGCAUGUUGGGUUUCUCUCUCUCUCUUUUCUCCUUUGAUUAUGUAAGAGCUGUUUCAUUUUAACUUAUUAUGGUGAUUAUACAGGCAAGAAGACAAAAAGGAGAGAAAAUGUACCUCUUCUACUGGAAUAAUGUUUAUGAUUACAAGUGAGAUAUGGUAUUUUUAUCAAUAUGAAGGCAACCUUGGCUGAUGUAACCUCUAUAGUGAAUACUCACAUCUUUACUUCACUCACUAUCAAUAAUAAAUAUAUUUUCUGACAAAGA